ACUUAUAUUACACUGCUCUUCUUCUUCUUCUACAUCUUCCUCUCUCUCAAGUGUCAUUUUCUCACAUAUUCUUUUCUCUUUUUCAAUCUCCAAUCUCUGCAACCACUAAUCUGUUCCGUUGGAAGAUAAGCCUAGUUUGAAACCUUUUUGCUGCUUGGAUCACCUCUUCUUCUUCUUCUUCAUCUCCUUUGUAUUUUUAUAAUAGAGACCUAACCUAAUCCUUUAGUUAUAUCAUUUUUGCAAAUUGCUGUAUCUAAAGAAUACAGCAACAGCAAGAAAGGGGGAGGGGUCGGAAAGAUGGAGCUGUUUCCUGUACAACCGGAUUUAUCCUUGCAAAUCAGUCCACCAAACAGCAAACCCACAUCGAGGAACUCCGUGUCUUCAAUGGCGAAACUCGAUAACUGCUUUGAGCUCUCCUUCUCCAAUCCGAGGGUUUCAGGGUCAAACCCCAACCAGUUUCAUCACCUUGUCCGAAACGGGAGCGCCACUGCCUCAGAUUACAAUGGUAAUAUUUUGCAGUCUUAUCAGCAGAACCAGUUCCCUCACCAUCACAGCCAACUGCAACAUCCGGUGCUAUAUCAACAUCAGCAGCAUCAACAACAAGGGCUAGGACAAGAGUUUGGGUUCUUGAGACCCAUAAGGGGAAUUCCCGUCUACCAAAACCCUCCUCCUCCUUUCCCGUUUCCUCAACAGCCCUUGGAUUCAUCUUUAGCUUCUUCCUCUCCUUAUUUGGUUACUAACAAAAUUAACACCACCAGCUUCAACCCCUUCCAGCCCCAAGGAUUGAUGAGAUCAAGAUUCAUGUCCAGGUUCCCAGCUAAACGAAGCAUGAGAGCUCCAAGGAUGCGAUGGACCACUACACUCCACGCUCGCUUUGUUCAUGCUGUUGAGCUAUUGGGUGGUCAUGAAAGAGCUACUCCCAAGUCAGUUCUCGAGCUAAUGGAUGUCAAAGAUCUUACCUUGGCACACGUCAAAUCCCAUCUUCAGAUGUAUCGAACCGUGAAGACCACUGACAGAGCAGCUGCAUCAUCAGGGCAAUUUGAAAAUGGAUCAUCUGGGGAUACUUCUGAAGAUAUGAUGUUUGACAUUCAAAAGCCGAGAAGAUCAGAGAUAUCAUCAUCAGUUCAUCAGGGAAGAUCGUCAUCAUUGAAUGCUCAACAAGACAACCAUGGACUGUGGAGCAACUCGUCAAGGGAAGCUUUGCUGCAUGGAAAACCCAAGGAUUCUCCACCAAACUUACCUUCUCUCCAGAAGGAUAUGGAUCUAAAGUGCUUAAGCUCAUCAGGGAAGCUUAAUCUGGAGUUCACAUUGGGGGUGCCAAAUUGAGUACAAUAUAUCUUCAUGACUUAGGGUUUGUGGUGCUGGGUUUGGAACGGGGUUCCUUUGCCGUCCCUGUGCUUCACAGGAGAGAAGAAAAAGAGAGCAGACAAGGAGACAAGAAAGACAGAGAGAGCAACAAAAGGAGAGAAGAAAAAGCACCACGUCCUUCCUUUCAAACCAGCCGUGAGAGAUCCAAAUCAAUAUAUUAUACAUUCCUACGUAAAUAUGAAAUCUAAUUGAUUUUGUAUGUUUUUCACUUAGAGAGAAGAAAAAGAAAGAAGAAAAAUGAUAGAGAGAAGAAAAAGAGAGAGAGAAGGACGUCCCCUUUAACGAUCAUAAAAGUAUGAACUACAUUUGAAGUGAUCCUUGGUAAUUGUAAUGGAGCACUUUACAUUUCCCUUAUAAUUUUUAGCUUUUUAUAAUC